AUGCCUGCGCUAAAACUAAAUAAAGAACUUUAUACGCAAAUCACGCGAUUAAAAUUAUGUGAAAAAACUAAUACAAGUGUUAAGUUUAUAUUAGAAAAAUCACCAUUUAAUGAUGAUGACGAUGAUGACGAUGAGCAAGUUACCGAUGCAAACUCAAAAGAUACUCUUAUUAUUGGAAGAAUAUUUCCAAAUUCCGAGAUAUAUAGAGAAGGUGCAUUUAGAAUAGAAAUAAAAUUACCAGAAACAUAUCCGUAUGACGCUCCUGAAGUUCGUUUCCUUACACCAAUUUAUCAUCCUAAUGUUAGCAUAUGUGGUCAAUUUUCUUAUGAAAUGCUAAACAAAAGCGUUCGACGGUGGCACACACAUUCUUUAGUUGAAUUUGUAAAAACUGUUGUCGAUCGCAUCGAUCAUCCUGAUAUUGAUUAUUCACUAAGUUUAGAGUUAGGCAGAGAGUAUAUGGAGAAUCGACUUGAAUUCAAUCGUAAGGCACUCGCAGUCGUGAGAACCCAUGCAUUACCACGAAAUUAA